AUGCCCGAAAGGAUACGACUGGGCAUUGGAUGUCCCGCCUAUAUUGAGGGCAUCCCAGCCCCAUACGGAUAUGUCCCCUCACUAGGAGCCGGAAUCGCCUUCUGCGUCCUCUUCGGUCUCUCGAUGAUCCUCCACACAAUCCAAUUUACCUGGAAACGACAAUGGUGGGCAAGUGUAUUCAGCAUCGGCUGUUUGGUCGAAGUAAUAGGCUGGGCCGGUCGAACCUGGUCAGCCCAAUGUCCCUACAACUCAACCGCCUUCCUAAUGCAAAUCUCCACCCUCAUCAUCGCCCCAACCUUCUUCACAGCCGGAAUCUACGUCCUUCUAGGCCGCUUCAUCCAACUCCUCGGACCAUCAACCUCAAUCCUAAAGCCAACCCUCUACCUCUGGAUCUUCUGCACCUGCGACGUAAUCUCGCUAGUCGUGCAAGCCAUCGGCGGCGGCAUGGCCUCCGGCGAAGCCGACAAGAUCAACGGCAACACAGCACCAGGCACACACAUAAUGGUUGCCGGAAUCGUAUUCCAACUAUUCUCGAUAACGAUCUUCGUCGCAUGCGCAAUCGAUUUCGUGCGCCGGACGAUGCGGAGACGAUUACUGGUCGGAGCGACGAUUCCGCUGUUUGGUGCGAUGAUACUGUCGAUUAUUUGUAUCUAUGUGAGGAGUAUUUAUCGUACGAUUGAGCUUUCGCAGGGCUGGGAGGGGUAUUUGAUUACGCAUGAGGCGUAUUUUAUUGCGUUGGAUGGGGCUAUGAUGGUUGUUUCGGUUGGGGUUUUUAAUGUUUUGCAUCCUGGGUGGUUGUUGCCUGAGAAGAUUAGUGAGAGGGAUGAGGAGAAAGAGGAGGGGGUAGGGGAGGGAUUGGGGGUGGAGAGGAUGGAGAGAGAGAGAUAUCAGGGGCCGUUGACUAAUUGGUGA